AGCGCAAUCUGUGGGCUGUGGAGGGGAUAGAUUAAUUUGAAAACAUUAACCAGACAGACAAAGGAAAACAUGGAUAUACCCAGGAAAAUGCUCUCCGGUUCGAGAGGGGAUGAUGUGUUCAUCACGCACAGAGUCGGAGCCAUGCACUGACCAUUCCUCCGUUUUUAAUGAGGCGGGUGGGGACCCACAGCAAGCUGAAGAGGCGGAAAGAUUUCUUCAACCCGUCUGCAAAUUCUGCCUGCUUGCGAUGGCUGUGACGGCGCGAUGCUGUUACAGAGACAAGGAGAAUGUGCCUUUUUUAUUUUUUCUCGUCAUUUUCGCACUCGGUUGCCUUGCAGAUGCUCAGAUUCGGUACUCUAUUCCGGAGGAGCUGGAGAACGGAGCAGAAGUCGGUGACAUUGUUCAGGAUUUGGGUCUGGAUCAGAGAAAACUUUCUGCCCGACGCAUGAGAAUCACCUCAGACAGUGGUCGGAGGUAUUUUACCAUAAACCACAAAACUGGGAAGCUGGUGGUGAGUGACCGCGUUGACCGAGAGACAGUUUGUGAAUUUAGCGGCACCUGUUCGCGCAGCCUGGAGGUGGUGUUAGAAAACCCGCUGGAAGUGCACAACGUGGAGGUGGAGAUUUUAGAUGUGAACGAUAACGCGCCGCAGUUCCCGAGGGAUGAGUAUCAACUGGAGGUGUCGGAAUCCGCUCACACUGGGUCGCGGUUUCACAUCGAGGGUGCUCAGGACGCAGACGAUGGCUCGAACUCGGUGAAGCAGUACCGACUCAGCCCGAACGACCAUCUCACCCUGGAGUCCGUCAAAGCAUUUUCUAAUAAUAAGCACAUCGAGCUCAUUCUCAAAAAGCCUUUCGACCGUGAGCAAAUGGCUUCUCAUCAGCUGAUCCUGACUGCAAUGGAUGGUGGCACCCCACAGCGAACCGGCACGGCCAUAAUCAACGUUCGUAUCCUUGAUGCCAAUGACAACGUGCCUGCGUUUGACAGCGCUGUGUACAAAGUGAAACUGUCUGAAAACUCUCCAAAUGGCGCACUUGUGAUCAAGUUAAAUGCAACAGACCCGGAUGAUGGCUCAAAUGGGGACGUUUUCUACUCGUUCAGCAGUUACACACCAGAAAGAGUCAGACAGAUGUUUUCUCUUGACACAGACAAUGGAGAAAUUAGGGUGAAAAACAAAAUAGACUAUGAGGAGACAAACUCAUAUGAAAUGUACAUACAGGCAAUGGAUAAGGGACCAGCCCCUGUGGCAGUGCACUGUAAAGUAGUUGUAGAAGUUUUGGAUGUCAAUGACAACAUUCCUGAGAUUGUGCUCUCUUCACUCUCCAGUCCUGUCCGUGAAGAUGCUCGAGCUGACACAGUAGUAGCAUUGAUUAGUGUGAUUGACCGAGACUCUGGACCAAAUAAGCAGGUAACCCUGGAGAUCAUGCCCCAUUUGCCUUUUAAGAUCAAGUCAUUCCGGAACCACUACACCAUCGUCACAUCCGCUUUCCUGGAUCGUGAAUCUAUCUCAUCUUACAACGUCACAGUGAACGCGGUGGAUGGAGGCUCCCCGGCUCUCUCAUCUCAAAUGACUUUUAAAGUCGAUGUUGCAGAUGUUAAUGAUAAUCCACCUCGUUUUGAGCAGACAUCAUAUACUGUUUAUAUCUCAGAGAAUAAUGCUCCCAGCUCUUCUCUCUGUGUUGUUAAAGCUACAGAUGCUGAUGCUGCAGAAAAUGCUCGCAUCACCUAUACUGUCCUCAAUGACAACAACCAUGGUAUUCCUGUAGCCAGCUAUGUCAGCAUCAAACCUGACACAGGGGAGGCCUAUGCCCUGCGAGCCUUCGACUUUGAGAAGCUACAAGAGUUUCACUUUCAGGUUAAAGCCCAGGACAAUGGUGUGCCUCCUCUCAGCCGUGUGGCUACCGUGUAUGUUUACAUUAUGGAUCAGAAUGAUCAUAUGCCCAAGAUAGUGUAUCCACCCGCCAAUGGGAGCCGCACCACAGAGACAUUGAUGAAAAAUGCUGAAGCUGGAGUCUUGGUGAGCAAGGUUGUAGCAUGGGAUGGUGAUGCAGGACAGAAUGCUUGGCUGCUUUACAAUCUGGAGCAGACCAACAUAGAACUAGAUCUGUUCAAAGUGCAUGAGCACACAGGAGAGAUUCGCACAACACGACGUGUCAUUGAAGAUAACUCCACCUCCUUCAUCCUGACUGUUUCAGUGCGGGAUAAUGGUCUACCACCACUGUCCUCCACCGCCACAAUUUAUGUCCAUGUGAUGGAACUGCCUCCAAAAGUAGCCCCGGACCCAAAGCGCAUCAUAAGACCCAACAGCCCCUUAAUGUUUUCCAAUGUCACUCUCUACCUCAUCAUUGCCCUCAGUGCCACAACUUUUGUAUUUUUGGUCACUGUCUUCGUGUUGGCCAUCGUGCGUUGCCACGCUUACUGUACCCAACCUGGCUCCUGCUCUCCAUGUUGUGUGUCCAAGAAGAGUGUUCCAGAGGGGGGCACCACAGUGGCUGGCAGUGGGAGUGGAGGAAGAUCUGCAGCUGGAGCCCAGCAGGCCAGCAAUGUGGCAUUGCGUAGAGACCUCAAAGUGGAGCCACAUUACAUUGAAGUGCGAGGAAAUGGUUCUUUGACCAAAACAUACUGUUACAAGACAUGCCUGACUGCCACAUCAGGAAGUGACACUUUUAUGUUCUACAACACGGGACGGCCACACAGUGGCACCUGGGGAUCAGGCUACGUCACCAGUCACAGUGGACAAAGCCAGAUAUUUGUACGACGUCUCAGUAUGCCAGAUGCAGCUGCCAUGCAGCCCAAGGCACCAAAUUCAGACUGGAGAUACUCAGCCUCCCUGAGAGCAGGUGGUGUAAUGCAGAGUUCAGUGCAUAUGGAAGAGUCCUCGGUGAUGCAGGGAGCCCAGGGAGUCCUGGUUCAGAAUUGGCCCACUGCAUCCAGUGCUGCUGAUGCUGAAGGAGGAGAGGUCUCACCCCCAAUGGGUGCUGGCGUCGACAGCAACAGCUGGCACUUUCGCUAUGGCCCCGGCGGUCCCGGUGCCCCUCCACAGCACCUGAAACCUGGCGAGGUCCCCCCAGAAGCCUUCAUCAUUCCUGGGUCCCCAGCCAUAAUAUCCAUCAGACAGAACCAGGGAGGAGAGGACGACAAGAGCGAUUUCAUUACCUUUGGGAAGAAAGAGGAGGCCAAGAAGAAAAAGAAGAAGAAGAAGGAGAAGAAAGAUAAGAAGGAUAAGGGGAAGGAUGAUGGAGAUGAGUAGAGCAGAAAGUGAAACUAGCAAAGAAGAGAAGGGUAAUGUUAAAACAGAGGUACCAACCAAAGUCCAAAGGGCAAAAAGAAAGUGUAACAAGUAUUAUACAUUUUCAAAAUUUAUUUCAGUACCUAAUACUGCUGAUAGUAUUUUGAAGCUUUUUCAGUUGUGAACCUGGCCUUACCAAGAUUUAGUUUACCUUCAGUUCUUGCUGAGGUAAAUAUUGAGCUUGCCUUGAUAUUAUAAAUCAUACAAUACACAAUUUAACGAUUUUCUCCAUGCCCCUAUGUGCCUAUAUACCCAGAAAUUAUGUCAUCAAAUUAUGUCAUCCUUUUAAGGAAGGAAGUCUUUGCCCUUGUCUGGAUUUGUUUUCCUUUAACGUACUGGGCACGUUGGCACCUCUGUCUUACCCCCUCCCCAAAUGCAAUGUGUAAACCACUCUCUCUUUGAGGAGACAAAUACUUUGUACACAAACAACAACAAGCUGUGCCAGCCAAGGAAAAGAAGAAACACAAAGAAGACUGAGACAGAUAUAUGCAGUCUGGAGCUGGACACACUACUUGUAAAUAGCACAGGCGAGAGUCACUGAAACUAAGGCUUACAUGACACUGCUGCAAGAAUCUUCUGGUCAAGACCAACAAUGUUUCCUGAGCUCUCAAUAAAACCACAUGCGCAUGCUGACACUUUCAAACAUGCAAACACAAACUUACUUACCAUGAGAAGGUGGACACAGAAAGCACUUGAGACCUAGAAGAAGGGAAAGAAGGUCAACUGGUAUAGAAGAACGUGCUUAAACCGAGACACUGCAAGCUUUCUGCCAUGCACAGUCGCCUCAGAGGUACACGUGUACAUCAGCUCUCUCAGGAUGGAAGAAGCAUCCUUUGCGGCCACUCUGUAUUUGCUCACUGCAUAAAAAAAGGACACAAAGAGCUUCAUCUUCUGCCAGAACCCCAACAGAGGAAUACACAGAGUUUUGAAGUGAUGGGGACAUGGGGAGAUAGCUCGCAUUCUCCUGAGGAUCACAGAGGGGAGAGUCCAGCUGAGCUGUGAUUCUGCAUUCAGUCAGUGGACUCUGAUGAGACCUUACAGAGUACAUGGAGAGAUUUUGAUAACACCUCUUCUCCCUCUGGUGCAGCAAAAGCCAAAAGCUUUCUGCUUUGAAUGUUUGGUAGCAACCAGCCCUUACCUAAUACCUUGAGUUUACAAAUAUUCACCUGCUUGUACUUUCCCUGAGCUGCCGCAAGCCAUCUUCUCUUUCCCGGACCACUUUGUUUUCCUUCCAUCACCCAUCCCACUGACUGCCUCUUCAUGUGACUAUGACAUUUGUGAGCUUGUUAUAUUGUCCUUUGUUCUCUAAAGAGAUUCAGUCUUACUUGCUCUGGCUUUAUUUUUCUUUUCUUCAUUCUCAUAGCUUUAUCUGGUAUUUUGCAUCACAUUACCACCGCCAUUUUCCCUCAGAGAUGGACUCGAACCCCCGCUCUGAGCAGCCUGCUCUGAACAUUGUGGUGUGCUGAGUACAGCAUGGAGUAAUGUGGACGAGGCCUGGGGGAGCCCAGGCGGGGGUCCGUGCCCUGAACACUUGUCAGUUGUUUUCAAGUGCAAAACGGUUCAGUGCUUUUAACUUGUGAAUACUACAGUAUGCGAUUCAUUUCCUGUUUGUAGCCACUGAUGAGAGGUGACCAGGUGGGAUGAGGUCAAUUACAGGGUCAGCGGAGCACUGGGACAAAGUGAGGAGACAGGUGCCGUGGGCUGGCCCUCCUUCUCAAUGUUGCAAGAGAUGAAAAGUUCUCUAGCUUGAUUGUUUUAGAAUCGUUGAAUCACGUAUUAGCUUUUCUGUACGCUGUAAAUGUAGCGUGGACUUAACAUAGAUUGUCUCUGCAUUAGCAACUGAAAUUUCACAAAAAGAAAAAAAAAAUUGCCUCAAGGGAUUCUCAUCCCAGAUCUAUAUCCCAUCAGUCCUCUCUCUGGAGGUUUUGAAACAGAGGCACACACAUGCCUCGAGACCUGCUUCUGUUGGUUCCCCUCCCCUGCCUGUAACUUGUUACCACAUCCCCAGAGUUCUGCGGCUCAGUAUGUCGUCACUCCAUUAAGUGGCUGCUGCAUGUACUGCUCUAAGGAAACACAUACUAUAUAGAGAAAUAUAUAUAUAAAUAGAUAGAUGGCUAUGAUUUUAUUCUUUUGUAUUAUGAUUUUUCUUCAUUACUCGCACAGGAGAUAUUUGUAUGUACCUUUAUCUCUGCAAAACAUCUAUGUACUGCAAUCUUCACGCUCCACAGAUGUUGUAUGGCAUCCACUAAACCUCUUUAGAUAUUUGUAAAUGCUAUAGUGUGAUACCCUCCAACGCGGUUUUUUUUUUUCUUGAACCAACAUUGAUUUUGCUUUUGAGACGAGCAAAGCAAGAAAAAAAGGUUAAAAAAAAAAAAUCACUUUGUGUCUGGCUUUGACAUGACGAUCUAACACUGUAUUAUUGUAUCUGAUAUAUGUAUGAUCCUAUGAUGAGCUAUCACUUCCCUUUCACUCUUAUAAAAAGUAAAAAGACAAAAAAAAAGUAAAAAAAAAAAUAUAUGUAGUGUAUGCCUGUGUUUA